AUCCUCCAUUACUCUCUAGAACCACCUCUCUUUGCUUUCUGCUUUUGAUUACUCUCUCCGCUCCAAUUUCGUUAUCGACGCCUUGGGUCAACCCGACCCGAAAAUAAAACCCCCAUACCCAAUUGAUAUGAUCCUAUCAAAACCGGGUCUUGUUUUUAACGAACUUGGAAAAAAAAGAAACGUUUCGACAAAGUUGAAGACUUGAAAAAGAAACGGGGCGUAGGUUGAUGCUGUUGCGGCUUCUUCUCUUUCACUCUCUGCUGCGUUAUCCUUCGUUGAGAUCAAAACCAGUGAACAAAACAAGGGUUUCUUACUGCUACUGCAAUAAUCUCUCUGCAUCCACGUUCAUGGCGUCUUCAGUAGUGGAUUGCAGCACACUGGUUUUAUGCGGUAAAUCAUUGGCAGAGAUAGAAGCUGCUAAAGCUGUUAAGAGCAGUAACACUCUCAAGCUCCCUGACAAUGAAGAAUUAUCAAUUGUUUUGCAAUCAGAAUUGGAUGGUGAAAAUGUUAUGAGAAGGUCCUUCAAUGUUGAUUCUUUCAUGAAUUCUCUUUGCACUGAUACAUUUGGCAGGCUUCUUGUUUGGUCGCCGCGGUUAGCUUCUACACAUGAUGUAGUUUCACACAACUUUUGUGAGCUUCCUAUUGGAUCAGUUUGUCUUGCUGAUGUUCAGACCAAGGGGCGAGGUCGGUCAAAGAAUGUCUGGGAGUCUCCGUUAGGUUGUCUCCUGUUUUCCUUUACUCUGCAAAUGGAGGACGGGCGAAUAGUUCCGUUGGUGCAGUAUGUGGUUUCCCUUGCUAUCACAGAAGCAGUGAAGGAUAUUUGCAACAAAAAUGGAUUACCCUCUGUUGACGUCAAAAUCAAGUGGCCAAAUGAUCUUUAUUUAAACGGCUUAAAAGUUGGCGGCAUUCUUUGCACCUCAACCUAUAAGUUGAAGAAGUUCAAUGUCAGUGCAGGUAUAGGCUUGAAUGUCAAUAACGAGAAGCCAACAACGUGCUUAAAUACAAAACUUAGAGAAUUGUCAGUGGAGGCUUACCGAUUUCAAAGAGAAGAUGUUCUGGCAACCUUUUUUAACAAAUUUGAGACAUUUUAUCAUCUAUUUAUCGAUCAAGGAUUUCAAAGCCUGGAGGAGCUAUAUUAUAAGACAUGGUUGCACAGUGGACAGAGAGUUAUUGUACAAGAAAAGAACGACGACAAUGUGGUCGAGCAUGUGGUAACUAUUCAGGGUUUGACAUCUUCAGGAUAUUUAUUGGCUGUUGGUGAUGAUAGUCAGUUGUGUGAGCUCCACCCUGAUGGUAAUAGCUUUGAUUUUUUCAAAGGACUUGUGAGGAGGAAACUUGAGUGAAGAAGCUUCCUUAAUGCAACUACUAUAACGCACUUUGUAUAUAUUACCAAGGUGUUUGUUGGUUUUAUAGCAAAUUUUUUUUCCAGUUAAUUAAAUUUUGUUUUAUCAUAUGUCAUUAGAAGUUUAGAGCCUUUUGUAUUGCAUCUGCGAAUUUCCUUCAAACUUGGUAGCUUUCAAAUAUGUUUGAUUGAACCAUGUGAACCAUCUAAUAAUUCAUAAUGUCAUCUUUAUGUGAAGAUGUCAUCAUGUGAAUA